AUGGCGCCGUGCUGCCUGCCCCAAAUCGACUGGGGGAUCGAACGCCCCCGUGCCUUUCGCCUCGCCGCGGCGCUGUGCGCGGCUGUGGUCGCGCUGGCGCUGGCGCCCGCCUCGGAUGCCACGUCGGCGUCGCUUGUGGGCAUCAACUACGGCCGCGUCGGGAACAACCUCCCGCCGCCGCAGUCCGUCACGCCGCUGCUCGAGGGCCUCGGUAUUGGCCGCGUGCGGAUGUACGACGCCGACCCCACCGUGCUGCGCGCGUUCGCCCGGACCGGGGUCGAGCUCAUCGUCGGCGUGCCCGACGAGUGCCUGGCCGCCGUGGCCGACCCGGGCGGCGCGGCGCAGUGGCUCAAGGAGAACGUCGUGCCCUUCCUGCAGGACACGAAGAUCGCCGUGCUCGCCGUCGGCAACGAGGUGCUCACCGGCGCGAACAGCUCCACGCUGUCGCGCACCCUCCUCCCGGCGAUGCAGUCCCUGCACGACGCGGUGGCCGCGCUCGGCCUCGACAAGCAGAUCACCGUCACCACGGCGCACAACCUCGGCGUGCUCGGGACGUCGUACCCGCCCUCGGCGGGGGCCUUCCGCAAGGACCUGCUCCCGUACCUCUGCCCCAUCCUGGACUACCAUGCCAGGACCGGCUCGCCGUUCCUCGUGAACGCGUAUCCCUACUUCGCCUACUCCAGCGACCCCAGGGGCGUGCAGCUUGACUACGCGCUGCUCGAACCGGGCUUCGCCGGCGUGCAGGAUCCCAACUCCAGGCUGCGCUACCCCAACCUCCUCGUGGCGCAGGUGGACGCGGUGUACCACGCCAUCGCGGCGGCCAACACCGCAGCGUCGCGGGUGGUGGAGGUGCGGGUCUCGGAGACCGGCUGGCCCUCCGCGGGGGCCGCCAACGAGACGGCCGCGACGCCGCAGAACGCGGCGCGGUACAACAGCAACGCGAUGCGGCUGGUGGCCGAGGGCAAGGGCACGCCGCUCAGGCCCGGGGCGCCGCUGCACGCCUACGUGUUCGCGCUCUUCAACGAGAACCUCAAGCCCGGUCUGGCAUCUGAGCGCUACUACGGCCUCUUCAAGCCCGACGGCACGCCGGCGUACCCGCUCUCGUUCAAGCUACCGCGCGACAACUCCACCUUUGGUCACGGCGGCACCGGCAACGGCGGCGGCGGCGGGUUCGGCGGUAACGGCAAUGUCAAUGGCAAUGGCAGCAGCGGGAACAUUAGCGGCGGCGGAAACAGCGGCGGCUACUACGACAUCUCGGCUUCGGCACGUAACACUCCGGUGAGCUCUGAUUCUGCCCUUCUCUCCCCAAUUGUUCUUGCUGGUAGGGAUCAUGGUUUUUUUUAA